GUCUGACAGGCAGCAGAUGCACCUCUGACAAGCUCAAGGUUACUGAGUAACCCAGGCCUCUUUAAAAGCCCCAUUGUUUGCCCCCAAUGUCCAGUACUGGCGAAUUCUCUCCUCUGAGCACUGCUGCCAUGAACACCUGCCUGCUCUCUGCGCUGUGUCUCCUAGGGACCUGGGCCACCCUGGCAGGAAGUGUGACCGUGAAGGAUGGAGAGUUCUCCUUUCCUCUGGAGUCAGUGAAGAAGCUUAAAGACCUUGAGGAGCUCCCAGAGCCCAGGCUUGGCAGCCGCAGGAAGCUUUUACCCAUGCUAAGGGAGCCUGUUGCUCCCAGGCUCUGCAGUUAUGCUAAUUUUCCAGAAGCACUCAGGCCACUGUGCAAGGAACCCAAUGCAGAACAGAUUCUGCAGAGACUGGAGGCCAUCGCUUAUGACCCAGGCAUGUGUGAGAUCUGUGCCUAUGCUGCCUGUACUGGAUGCUAGGUUUCUGCCUCUUCCCCAGCCCACAAAGAAGCCCUUUCUUCUACUGGAAGGUCAGCCUGUGAUACUCCAGGUAUUAGCAUUUCAACAUACCCUACUGGGAGUACGGAGAAGUGAAGAGAGAACAGCUCAGAAAGUAGCUGAGGAAGUGGAGGACCUGGGCGAAGCUUUCGAAGAUCUGUG